AUGUGCUUUUUAAGACGGCCGGGAGCGCCUGCGAGCUGGAUUCGGUGGAGGAUGCUGCGGCAGGUGCUUCGCAGAGGGCUCCAGUCGUUCUGCCACAGGCUGGGCUUGUGCGUGAGCCGGCACCCCGUCUUUUUCCUCACCGUGCCCGCAGUCCUGACCAUCACCUUCGGCCUCAGCGCGCUCAACCGCUUCCAGCCCGAGGGCGACCUGGAGCGCCUGGUCGCUCCCAGCCACAGCCUGGCCAAGAUCGAGCGCAGCCUGGCCAGCAGCCUUUUCCCCCUGGACCAGUCCAAAAGCCAGCUCUAUUCGGACUUACACACCCCCGGGAGGUAUGGCAGGGUGAUCCUCCUCUCCCCACCCGGGGACAAUAUUUUGCUCCAGGCUGAGGGGAUUCUGCAGACCCAUCGAGCCGUGCUGGAAAUGAAGGUGAACUACAAGGGCUAUAAUUAUACUUUUUCCCAUCUGUGUGUGUUGAGAAAUCAGGAUAAGAAAUGCGUGCUGGAUGAUAUUAUUUCAGUGCUAGAGGAUCUCAGGCAGGCUGCCGUCUCCAAUAAGACAACAGCCAGGGUGCAAGUGAGGUAUCCCAACACUAAAUUAAAGGAUGGGAGAAACAGUUUUAUUGGACACCAGCUGGGCGGGGUAGUGGAAGUGCCAAACAGCAAGGACCAGCGGGUCAAGUCAGCCAGAGCCAUUCAAAUCACCUACUACCUCCAGACCUAUGGCUCUGCCACUCAGGACCUCAUAGGGGAGAAGUGGGAGAAUGAGUUCUGUAAACUUAUGCAGAAGCUCCAGGAGGAGCCCCAGGACCUCCAGCUCUACUCGUUAGCAUCCUUUAGCCUCUGGAGAGACUUUCAUAAGACCAGCAUUCUGGCCAGGAGCAAGGUCCUAGUGAGCCUCAUGCUGAUCCUGACCACAGCCACCCUCUCCAGCUCCAUGAAGGACUGUUUGCGUGGCAAGCCCUUCCUGGGCCUCCUGGGGGUGCUCACCGUGUGCAUCUCCGUCAUUACUGCAGCUGGGAUCUUCUUCAUCACCGAUGGAAAGUACAAUUCCACCCUGCUGGGAAUCCCGUUCUUCGCCAUGGGUCAUGGAACGAAAGGAGUGUUUGAGCUUCUAUCUGGAUGGCGGAGAACCAAAGAGAAUUUGCCCUUCAAAGACAGGGUGGCAGAUGCUUAUUCGGAUGUGAUGGUGACCUAUACCAUGACCAGCUCCCUGUACUUUAUCACCUUCGGCAUGGGCGCCAGCCCGUUCACCAACAUAGAGGCUGUGAAGGUCUUCUGUCAGAACAUGUGCGUCUCCAUCCUGUUGAACUACUUCUACAUUUUCUCCUUCUUUGGCUCCUGUCUCGUCUUUGCUGGCCAACUAGAGCAAAACCGCUACCACAGCAUCUUUUGCUGUAAGAUCCCUUCUGCAGAAUACCUGGGCCGCAAGCCUGUGUGGUUCCAGACAGUGAUGAGCGACGGACAUCAACAGACAUCCCAUCACGAGACGAACCCCUACCAGCACCACUUUAUUCAGCACUUCCUCCGUGAACAUUACAAUGAAUGGAUUACCAACAUCUACGUGAAGCCAUUUGUGGUCAUCCUCUAUCUCAUCUACGCCUCCUUCUCCUUCAUGGGGUGCUUGCAGAUUAGUGAUGGAGCCAACAUCAUCAAUCUACUAGCCAGCGAUUCCCCAAGCGUAUCUUAUGCCAUGGUUCAGCAGAAAUAUUUCAGCAACUACAGCCCUGUGAUAGGAUUCUACGUCUACGAGCCCCUCGAGUACUGGAACAACAGUGUCCAGGAGGACCUUCGGAGACUCUGUAGUGGGUUCACUGCAGUGUCCUGGGUGGAGCAGUAUUACCAGUUCCUGAAAGUGAGCAACAUCAGUGCCAAUAACAAGAGUGACUUUAUUAGUGUCCUACAAAGUUCAUUUUUAAAAAAGCCAGAAUUCCAGCAUUUUCGAAACGAUAUCAUCUUCUCCAAGGCAGGAGAUGAAAACAACAUCAUUGCUUCUCGCUUGUAUCUGGUGGCCCGGACAAGCAGAGACAAGCAGAAGGAAGUCAUAGAAGUGCUGGAAAAGUUGAGGCCUCUGUCCUUGUCAAAGAGCAUCCGGUUCAUCGUGUUCAACCCCUCCUUCGUGUUCAUGGACCAUUACAGCUUAUCUGUCACCGUGCCUGUUCUGAUUGCAGGCUUUGGUGUCCUCCUGGUGUUAAUCCUGACUUUUUUCCUAGUGAUCCACCCUCUGGGAAACUUCUGGCUAAUUCUUAGCGUCACCUCAAUUGAGCUGGGCGUUCUGGGCUUAAUGACGCUAUGGAACGUCGACAUGGAUUGCAUUUCUAUCUUGUGCCUUAUCUACACUUUCAAUUUUGCCAUUGACCACUGUGCACCACUGCUUUACACGUUUGUAUUAGCAACUGAGCACACCCGAACACAAUGUAUAAAAAGCUCCCUUCAAGAGCAUGGGACAGCCAUUUUGCAAAAUGUUACUUCUUUUCUUAUUGGGUUGGUCCCCCUCCUAUUUGUGCCUUCGAACCUGACCUUCACACUGUUCAAAUGCUUGCUGCUCACCGGGAGUUGCACACUUCUGCACUGUUUUGUUAUCUUGCCUGUGUUCCUAACCUUUUUCCCCCCUUCUAAAAAGCACCACAAGAAAAAGAAACGUGCCAAACGAAAGGAGAGAGAGGAAAUCGAAUGCAUAGAAAUUCAAGAGAACCCUGAUCACGUCACUACCGUCUGA